UUUUUGUGUGGCUAUAAUUGGCCUGUAUUCACUUUUAUGAGGAUCGAACAUUAUGAAUGUCUUUCGGACUGUGUCUAUGCUUGGGAUAGGACGAAGUUUAGGGCUACUGAGUCCGCACAGACAAAGUUUGAUAGACUAUGUUCCAUUCAAGUGAUAAUUUCUUUGGAGGAUGAGGUAUUCUGUAGUUGUUGGUCUCGUUUGGAGUGUGUCCAUUGCAGUUGUUUGCUUCAUUUUCAAGUUGCAUAAUAUUGAGGACUUCAGCUAUCGACCUACAGUCUGUAAGAAUAGUUGGGUGUUUUAUUUUGCAACGAGCUUGUCGUGGUUGGGUAGCACAGCGACGAUUGACCUUCGGGUGUGCUAGAUGCCCCUCAUAGAAACAAACAAACAAAGGGGCUUGGCUUUUCUCGAGUCUUCGUAGCUACUCGAGCCGUGAGCGCAAAAGAUUGUGUGUUGCUCCGAGACCUAAGUGGGCGGGUCCAAGCUCUUAGCCAACGAGGGCUAAAAUGAGUUACGAGAGGCAGAAUGAUGGAUGGAAUGAGCCCGACUUAGGAAGGCAGCCGGCCACGGAGCGACCGCAUCACAAAGUGCGCCUUGUGCAGCUGAUCAAGCAUCAUUUGCGGGACUGGCUAUGGAUUGCAGUCAUGAUUGCCCUAGAGAUAAUUGUCUACCUCCUCAUUCCUCCAUUCCAUCGGUUUGUGGACGAAACGAAAAUGCAGGAAUACAAAUAUCCUACCGGUCCAGACACUGUACCGACAUGGUCAAUAGGGGUUAUCGCUGUGCUAGUUCCGAUUCUUUUCUUCCUCGCCUACUAUAUCAAGAGGAGAAGUAUACGUGAUUUUCAUAAUGCUUUUCUUGGCCUUGCUACAGCGAUCGUUUUGACAGCACUAUUCACAGAUUCCAUAAAGAAUAUGGUUGGAAUGCCGCGUCCCGACUUCUUCGACCGAUGUUUUCCUGAUGGUAUUGCGGUAUACGCAAACGAUUCGCGCAGGCGAGCAAUCUGUCAUCCGAAUAAUAUGACAGAGUACAAAGAUGGUUACAAAAGCUUCCCCAGUGGACAUGUGUCAUGGUGCUUUGCUGGCCUCGGAUAUCUGUCUCUGUACUUGGCGGGGAAGCUGAGUCUCUUCGACAAGAGGGGCUACUCAUCCAGAGUCUUCUUCGUUCUAUUUCCUAAUCUAGUCACGGUAUUAAUUGCGAUUUCUCGUGUGAACGAUUACCAGCAUCGUUGGGUCGAUAUCAUUGGCGCCGCAUUUAUUGGACUACCCAUUGCGUACUUUUGUUACAGACAGCACUACCCUAGCAUCUACGCUGGAUCAUGGGCUGGAUAUCCAUAUGAGUAUGAACCCCAAGGAAUAUUCAGUCAUGGUUUGCACGGUCCUCGAGCAAUUCCCACAUCUGGUGCUCCACAAAACGAUCUGGAAAUGGGGCCCGUUGGCAAGACCCGGCCAGGAGUAUCGACGGAGAUGCAAUGAAUUAGGCAAUGGCCUCGAGGUCCUUCAAAAGAACAGAUUCCUCCACUCUCUUCUUUCCUGAUAAAUCGAGGUAAUGUAUGACAUUGUUGGAAGCUUCCGUUUAUACUUCUGCUGCAAUAGGAUUGUAGUGCAGUUUUCCAUGAGGUUUUUAAUUUAUGGGAAUUAUCAAGCCUAUCCUGUGUUUUCCAGAGUGUCGAUACAUUACUAAAAAAAUUUGGAAAAUAGAAACAAAAAACAGUCUCGUGGAUAGAAUUUAGAUGGUGUGAUAGGUUGCAAUAAUGUUCCAAUUGUUUUUGAAUGGAAAAUCCUCAAGUUGCUUGUAUGUUACGAAAAUACCCAAACUGGAUUCUUUUUCCAAGGUAUACCUUACGUAACACAUUUUCGACAGUGUGCUUUGAUUCUGAA